AUGGCCACCGAGGAGGAUCUCAUCGACUACUCCGACGAGGAGCUCCAGACAACAGAGCCAACAGUCGCGGCUCCCGCCGCGGCUGACGCUGCAAAUGGCGCUGCUGCUACAAAGAAGGGCGACUUGACUGUCUCUGGUGGUCGUCCCGACAAGAAGGGUAGUUACGUCGGUAUUCACUCGACUGGUUUCCGCGAUUUCCUGCUCAAGACCGAGCUACUUCGUGCGAUUACCGAUUGCGGUUUCGAACAUCCAUCGGAGGUUCAACAAGUUUGCAUUCCUCAGGGUAUGCUCCAUAGUGAUCUUCUCUGCCAGGCCAAGUCCGGUUUGGGUAAGACAGCAGUGUUCGUCCUCACGACUCUGCACGGACUCGACCCUGUUGAAGGAGAAGUCCAGGUCUUGGUUAUGUGCCACACUCGUGAGUUGGCGUACCAGAUCAAGAAUGAGUAUGCUCGUUUUAGCAAAUACCUUCCUCAAGUGAAGACUGCGGUCUUCUACGGAGGUACCCCAAUGCAGAAGGACAUCGAUCUCCUCAGCAACAAGGAGACGCGACCAAACAUUGUCGUCGGUACUCCUGGUCGUCUUAAUGCCCUUGUUCGGGACAAGAAGCUGUCUCUCCGCAAUGUCAAAGCGUUUGUUCUCGAUGAAUGUGAUAAGAUGCUCGACCAGAUUGACAUGCGCCGGGAUGUCCAGGAAAUUUUCCGUAACACACCAGCGGAUAAGCAGGUUAUGAUGUUUAGUGCCACUCUUUCACAGGAAGUCCGACCAAUCUGCAAGAAAUUCAUGCGUAACCCUCUCGAGGUGUACGUUGACGACGACACCAAGCUCACACUCCACGGUCUUCAGCAAUACUACAUCAAGCUUAGCGAGCAGGAGAAGAACCGCAAGCUCAGCGACCUGCUGGACAACCUGGAAUUCAACCAAGUGAUCAUCUUCGUCAAGAGUACGCUGCGUGCCAACGAGUUGGACAAGCUUCUGCGGGAAUGCAAUUUCCCUAGUAUCGCUGUCCACUCUGGUGUCAGCCAGGAGGAGCGUAUCAAACGUUACAAGGAAUUCAAGGAGUUCAACAAGCGUAUCUGUGUCGCAACCGACGUCUUUGGUCGUGGUAUCGAUAUCGAGCGAAUUAACUUGGCUAUCAACUACGAUCUUCCCGGGGAUGCUGAUUCGUACUUGCAUCGUGUUGGACGUGCCGGUCGUUUCGGUACAAAGGGUCUUUCCAUCUCGUUCGUCAGCAAUGAGGACGACGAGAAAGUUCUUAAGGAGAUUGAGAAACGAUUUGAAGUUGCCCUUCCUGAAUACCCCGAAGGCGGUGUCGAUGCUAGCACCUACAUGGCAUAG